UGCGUCAAUCAGUGAUUUUUUAUUUUCUCGUGGACUGCGGAGUAAAGGGUCCUAAUUUAUUAAAAUAGUUACGAAUUUUUCGGUUGUGUGCUUGGUGCACAAAUUGUCCCAGCAACUGAUGACAUAAAUGAACUUGUAGAAUGAGUUCACUUCAGCAAACCGGUCGAUUCCUGCCGUUCACGAAUAACAAUAUUCAGCGUAAACAAUUAUCCACUCAAGGGCUGCCACAGAGCUUGAGUGGUAGUGAUACAGAUGUAUCAACGUCGAACGAGAAUUUGAGUAAUGAAGAGAGGUAUGUGAUAAGGCAUACAGCUAGACAAGAGCCACAGGGCCAGGAGAAUCAGCAGCAGAGUCCAUCAAGAUCAUCGAGUCACAAGGAAAAUAUACCAAAUAUUCAAGGUUCCAUAAUAAAUCGAAACAGUCUGAAGGACUCUCUAACCGGUUCCAACCGCAACAGCCUGAAAGAAUCCCUAACCGGCUCUAACCGAAACAGUCUAAAAGACAGUAUCAACGGCUCAAAUCGCAAUAGUCUAAAAGACAAUUUGAGCAAUCGCACAAGUGUGGGCUCUAACCGCAGUAGCCUAGACAUAUCAACAAGCUCCUACAACACCCUGAUAAUCCACAAUGCUAAUGACGAUAACAACUGGUCACCAUCAGGUCGCCUGUCGUCAAUAGUCCGUGAACACGGUGACAUGGGUUACCUGUUCUGUGAGGCUGGUGGCAAGGGUCACUCCAACAGCCCCACAAUGCAAUCCUUAUCGAAUAUUCCCCACGAGGAUCGUUACUACGAUCAGACAAACAGCUGUCAGGAAAUAACAGACAUACCCGACGAUUACCUGAGUCAAUUCCAAGUCCUCAAGCACUUGGCCAAAGAGGUCAAGCCAUCGUACCCAAAGACCAAACAGAAUAGCAAUGAAUUCACUGAUCGCCCAUCACCCAGCUACACGACAACCUUGAAUCCCUUAAAGUCAAAGCACCGACUCCUCGGUCCCACCGAGAAACUCACCCUCUCAAGGUCCCAGCCAGACUUGUCCAGAAUAGGUAGACUAGAUCAUGACAUUUACGAUCCACCUGCCACCUCCCCUCGACCCCAGACGAAGGGACGAGAGGAGAUUGAAACAACUUCCAACGAGAUCUGGCCACCCUCAGAAAUGGUGCAGAUAGUCAUUCAGGAGAACAGCGCUUUGAAGCUAGAGCUUGAGCGCUGUUACAAUAAAGUGUCCAAGUCACAGAAGCUUGAGCAGGAGAUAUCAAAGGUCCACAGAGCUCAUGAGGAGCUUGCGGCCUCUUGUGAGCGAAGGGAGAAGCUGGAGAGGGCUGCCAGGCUGAGGCUUCAGAAUGACGUGAGAAGAUUGACUGAGUUGAACAGAGCGUUGAGGGAUCAGAUUGAUCUGCUAUCGUCGAGAUCUGAUAACACACCUAUCGUCGAGUCCAUGAAGAAGGAGCUGACGCAGAGGGAAUUGCUGAUUGGGCAGCUGAUAACUCAGAACAAGGAGCUUGCUGCUGCCAAGGAGAGACAGGAGAUUGAACUUGCUGCCCAGAGGGCUACCCUCCAGGAGCAGAGGACGCAUAUCGAUAUUCUUGAUACUGCUUUGACGAAUGCACAGGGAAAUGUUGUGAGGCUUGAGGAGGAGUGCAGGAAGAAACAGGCGUAUGUGGAGAGGGUGGGACAGCUCCAGAGGGCUCUGUCGUCUCUGCAGGCCUCCUCUGAUCGAAGGGAGGAGACUGAGAGACAGCUCAGGGGACAGCUCGAGAGGGAACUCAGGGAGGGGGGAAAUGGGGCAGGCGGGGAGGGGAUUGCCAGUGGGGAGACCAUUUCCGAGUUGAGGAGGAGGAUGAGGGAGAGGGAUGAGAAGAUCAUGUCGCUUGAGGGGGAUGUUGCCAAGUGGGAGCAGAGGUAUCUCGAGGAGAGUGCCUUGAGGCAGGCUGCCAUCGAUGCUGCUAGUCUUCCAAAGGAUGCUAAAAUAGCAGCCUUGGAGAAGACAAGUCAAGACGCCGAGAAACUGAUCGCCGAAGCAAGAUCUGAGAAAAUGAGGCAUCUGGAUGAAGUGCAUGCGGCUCACAAAAAACUAGCUGACCUUGAAUCUAGAAUGAAAGAUCUUGAGUCAAAGCUCGCCGAGAGAGACGCUAUGAUACGUGUACUUCAGAAGCACACGUACGAUAAAGAUAGCAGCAGCAGCAGUGGAGUUGGUAGUUAUCCAGCUGCACAUUCCUCUCACUCUAGUGCAUCAGCAGAUCAUACAGGUCUCACCAGUACUCCUGAGCUCGUGCGUAUGUCAGCAGCUAGCAGUGUCCUGGGGGGUGCUGGAACGUACGGCAGUACUGGUACAUAUGGUGUUACUGACAGCUACAAGUACAGAAAACAGGGUAGCUUUGAGCAGACCAACAAGAGCCUCGAUGACCAAUUGAAAGAACUUGACUCACAGCUACUCAGCAAGCGGGCACUUUGCUGUUUUCCAGGAUUCUCUAAUCCAGGCACUGCGUCGAGAAAAGGAAAAAUACCCAAGCCAUUAUUGGCGGGUGUAGAUAGUGCAGGUAGUUCAAGUACAGCAUCGAGUAAGAGUCGUUUGCUGGAUGACACUGGUGUUGAUACUGGAAUUAUUGAAUUUGCGAGAUUGAAAGGUACAGUAUCGAGAUUGUCUGAUGGUAAGCCUGAGGAUAUGAUGCUGCUGGAGAAGCAGGGAAGGAGUUCGCAGAGACAGAGGAUGCAGGAGGGUGAGCAGAGGAGGGCGGGAAGUUUACCUCCCAGUUCACUGCCGCGACCACCUAGGACACUCAAGUCCAACUCGCGUUACUGUCGGUUGAGUGAUUCUGAGACGAGGAAGAAGUCGGAUCCUGGUCCGGUCAUCGAUACGGGGAUCAAGGGGAGGGAUUCUGGGAACUGCACGCUUGAGUAUGGGAGGUUCGACCUGAAGAACCAGCGCAGGAAGAAGUCGGAGGGAUUCGUCCAGGCGGCGAGCUUGAAGAAGCCCUCGAGCGGGGAGUACGAGAGGCUGGGGGAGUCGAAGAAACUGGGGGUCAUGGUGGAUGUCAAGCACAGGGAGAUGCAGGGGAGGUCCCUCAUUCCGCCGCCCUCCAGGAGGAUCGGGGAGUAUGGCAGGCUCAGCGAUGGGGAUGCCAAGGCUACCCUGAGGAAACAGGUUGGAAUCUCCAGGGGACUCAGCACCGGAAGCACUGUCUCCACCAAGAGCGGGGGUAGGGACUCGGGGGGAACUGCCAGUGAUGCAUCCAUCUCCAGUCUUCCGCCGACCAAAGCUAGGUCCAUACCCAGACCAAAUUAUCGUAUUCAAUUCUGACUAUGAUGAUUCUGAAAUUGGGGUGUGAAUGUGAUGUUAGCCAUCGUACGAAACGCGUUUCGAAUCUCGAAAUCUGUAAAAAUUUACGGAAUUCUUCGUUUAUCCCGAUUUUCAUUAAAAUUAUCUCCUGUUAAUUCAACAAAAUCGCGGCAUAACGAAUCAUAAUUCAUAAAUUUUUCUGCUGCUUUGUUACGGCGCCCGAUUAUCAUCAGGUGACGUUCAAUACCAAGCCAUAAUAAUUGAGUAUUUUCUCUUGAAUCUUCGAUAUAGGAAAACCAUCACAAGCCAUAAUGAAAAUCAUACCUAGGACGUUUUUAAGGUAGAGUUUAGUAUGAACUAGUCAUUACCAAAGUAACAAAUAACUUUUUUUUUCUUCUAUAGAGAAAACCGCGUCACUCGCUUCCACAUGAUUGUUUUUUUAUGUUAGAGGAACAUUUUAAUGCCUUUGUAAUGUGCUUUAAUCUCCUGGUGAGGCCUUGAAUCGAUUUUUACACGAUAAAUAUUCGGUCAGUGAAUAAUGUGCCUUGAAAAAUUCAAUAGGAAACCUGAUCUUGAACUAGAAUAGAACUCCACAAGACUGAAAAAUAGAAAAAAAAAUGAAAAAUUCUUCCGUACGUCUGUCACGAAACGCAACAGUUCGACGCGGUUAAUUUGACUAAUUCAACCAAAGUGUCGAUCCCUUUUUUGUUUUAUUAUUUUUUUUCUUAAUUAUUAUAAAUAUAUAUUCAGUUGUAUCGGUAAUUAAUGACGAAAUGACUAGUGAUGUUGAUCAAUAUUUAUUUGCGCUUGUGUUUGAAAGAUACAUCUGGAGGAAUUAAAACGUCUUGAUGGCCGAAUAUUUGUUGGUGACGCUACAAAUUUUUUUGUGAGUGAUCUGAGGGUGAAGUAUAUUAUACAUUUUUUGAUUGUGAUGUAGCAGUUAGCGUAGUGAAAUUAGUUGAAACUUUUUUUUCUUCUGUUGCUUUUUACUUUUUUGGUGUAACCAAUUGUACCCGGUGCGAGUGAGUCAGGGGUGAUGAAGUCGACAUAGUUGAGGGGUAGAACAGGGAAAAUGCCAAGACAUUUGAAAAUUAUUUUCUGAUGGAGAAAAACAAUUUCAGGUGUCUACCCCUUCACUACUCGAUGGUUCCUGAAGAAAACUACGUAACUCAGAGAACAUUUCCAAUCUCAAGUGUCUCAUGCCACGUAUUUUUUUUUAUCGGCCCAUACGCGGGUUUAGGGGGUGAAACUGCCCUCUGAAGUUGACCACCUCCCGGGGUAUUUCUUCAAUUGCGCACAUAGGGAGAAUAUUUAGACAAAUUUUUGGUAAUAUAACAGGAAGCUCAUGGAAAAUGAUUAAGAUAGAAAUUGAAAUCAUCUCCGAGGGGUGAAAUUUCGAGAGUAAACUAGCCCCGUGAAAAGUCAUUAAUUCAAUAAAAAAAAUAUAUCGCUCCGAAUUUCAUGAAACCAAUUUCAUCUGAAAGUGCAUAAAAAAAUACAAAAUACCUUUUUUUGCAUUCUUUUUUAAAUUGCAAUUUAAAGGCAAAAGAAGAUCAAUUUCCUGGAUUUGGCAAAAUACGUGGCACUUAGUUUUGAGUCCUCUAUAAAAUUCAAGUUUCGUCAAAAUCGGAAGCGGACACCUGCAGGUGUUAGUUGUCAGUAACUGCGAACCGUCUAAUUCGCUCGAUGCCCUUAUCAUUUUUAUUUUAAUUCCUCGGAUAGAGUUGCUGCGGAUAUUUUCAUAUACUUCUUUGUUUGGGGAAUAUUUCAUACCGGUCAUCAGUUGUCAGAAAACCAAACCUCUUAUGGCUUUGCGGAUAUUCAAUCAAUUUAGUAAUUGGUAAAUUGUUGUCAUCUCAUUUCUUUUAACAUUAACUUUUCGUGCAGUUGGGUAAUGAAGGGGUUGGUGAAUCAUUUUGAAACUACUCAUUCAUUUUAUCUAAUUGGUUCUUUGCCACUAUUCAUUAAUAUCUAUGAGAAAUUUUUCAAUUAUUCAUAUUAGUUAACUACUAGGGCUCAGCUAAUCCUGAUCCCUAAAAGAUUGAUGGACUUGAUUCAUAGAAACCAUGAACGAUUUUCUCAAGCAACAAGAAAAACUGCAGCAGUUUGGGAGCUAAGGAUUGGCAGCUCUGAAUUUUAUUCAUAGGUUACUAGCGAAACUAAACGGAGAUUAAUCAGAGCUGUUGAGUCACGUGUUUCUGAAUUUUCACUGAGAUACUUGGUUUCUGUCACCUCCUCUGAGAUACAAAGUUUUAGUCAAUACUCGUGAAAUACUUGAGUUCAGAGCGAAAUCUUGAGAUCCGUGGUUUUGGAAAUGUUUUCUGAGUUAUGUAGUUUCUUUUAGGAGCCAGCGUACUGAUUUCCGAUUGUUAAUUAUCUUCAGAAUUCACGAAAAGACGAUGACAGAAGGAUUAAUAUUUGGAAAAUUGUCAAGGGAAAUAUCGAAAAGUCUGAGAUAUCACCAGAAGCUGUUCUCAUUCUUCAAAAUAAGCCUUAUUUUCAUUCGAUGAUGAGAAAUAAAUGAAGAAAGUCAUCUUCUGUUCGGUGAAUUCUAUGGACGACAGAUUUUUAUCACCAAAGAUGCGUGGAGGAGUUAGCGACCUGGCCAAAUAUUGUUAAACUGAUAUUUCAGUGUUCUAGAGUCGCCGGAGAUGUGGGGAGAAUUUAAUUAGGAUCAAAGGACUGCUUUAACGUUUGCUCUCUAUUUUUGAUACAGCCAUAUUUGAUUGUAGUUUUUGUAGAUAAAAUUUAAUGAGGGGGGGGGGAUAAAUUCGUGAUUCACUUUUGUUAAUUCACUGUGGGAAAAUGAAGAAAGGAAAUGUCGAUUUUUUUAAUAUUGAAAUUUCUAGGAAUCAAGUGCGGUGAAGGCUUCAUAAUGUGAUUUUUGGGUUCAUGAAUGCGUCACACAUUCAUUACUCAUCAUUCGAUCGAAUCUUGUGGGACGAGAUUGUUAAUUUUGUACAGUGAAUUUUGUAAUACUCGGGCAAAAAAAUAUUGUUAAAAAUGUUCGAAACUUCCGAUGGGCUAGAAAAUAGACAGUAAGCGUAUGUAUUCACACGGGGAAUGGAGUGUGUAUGUUAGUGAAGGAGAAUGAAUUGAAUAAUAAAAUCCAACAAUGUAACGUUUUAAUGGAUGAAAGCUUUCGAUACGUGAGAAAAAAAUGGAAAAAAAUGCUAAAAAUUAGUCUGAUGUAAAGAAAAUUGUGAGAAAUACAGAGUCUGUUGUGAA